UGAACGCAGCAUGAAACAACAGUCCGGUUUCGGUGGCGGAGUGAGAGCUGUUACUAGUUGAUACCUGUGGUUGAUACUAGCUAAAUUACUUGUCUGUAGCCAGUAUAAAGCUUUGGUCCACUGACUUGAAAAUGCGGGUGUAGCUUGCUGCUCUUAUGGCUUUUGCGUUUGCGCCUGAAUGCUCUGAGAUAGAGUCGGGAUGUUUUCAACCAACAUGGAAACAAAAAGAGUGGAGAUCCCCUCCGGAGUACUGGACGACCUCUGCAGCCGGUUCAUCCUGCACAUCCCCAGUGAGGAGAGGGACAACGCUAUCCGGGUGUGCUUCCAGAUCGAGCUGGCCCACUGGUUCUACCUUGACUUCUGCAUGCAGAACACUCCAGGGGCCCCUCACUGUGGGAUAAGAGACUUCGCCAAAGCAGUCUUCCAUCACUGUCCUUUUCUGUUGCCUCAUGGAGAGGAUGUGCAGAAAGUUCUGGAACAGUGGAAGGAGUACAAGAUGGGUGUACCUACUUAUGGAGCAAUCAUUCUCGAUGAGUCGCUAGAAAACGUACUGCUUGUUCAGGGCUACCUUGCAAAGUCAGGUUGGGGCUUUCCAAAGGGGAAGGUUAAUGAGGAUGAAGCUCCUCAUGACUGCGCAGUUCGUGAAGUGUUGGAGGAGACGGGCUUUGACAUCAAGAAUCGCAUCUGCAAAGACAAGUACAUAGAGCAGAAAAUCACUGACCAGCUGGUGCGGCUCUACAUUAUACCAGGGGUGUCAAAGGAUACCAAGUUCAACCCCAAAACAAGGAAAGAGAUCAGGAACAUUGAAUGGUUUCCUAUUGAGAAGUUGCCUUGUCACAGGAAUGACAUGACCCCAAAGUCUAAACUUGGACUUGCCCCCAACAGGUUUUUCAUGGCCAUCCCAUUCAUAAGACCGCUGCGAGAAUGGAUCAGCAAGCUGAAAGGCGAGUCAACAGACAGCGAUGAGGACUUCGCAAACAACGGCAACACUCCAUGCAAGUCUUCAGACAAUACUCGGUCAAAAUCCCGCCGCCUCACAGGUACUGAUGCAUUUCCAGGAGACAGCUGGUCAAAGCACAAGCAGCAGAAGGCUCUGGGCCAGCUGAGCCAGUAUGAGCUGAACCAGAACCCAAAUUUGAAAGGCAAUGGGAAGAAAUGUCAGGACUCACCUUAUGUGAAGAAAGGAGCCAAUGACAAUGGAGCCAGCAGCCAGCAGGUGAAAAAUACAUUAAAAGAAGAUAAAAGACUUCAACCCAGAAGACUGCAAGACAGUUUUGAGAAAGAUGUGGCUCCAUGCAGCUCCAACGGUCACCAGACAGUCCACAGCAGAGUCUGUGAGCACCUGCUGUCCUCCAAGGCUUUCCUCAAUUUCAAAUUUGACAGGGACGCCAUCAUGAAAUGUUUUGACUACUGACAUGGCUGUUGAAGCGCUGUGCCUCUCCUGUAACAACAUCAAACUAUGGCCUUUUUACCUUAUAGUCCAGGCAAGGAUGUUACUGAACAUUUUUUUCUUUCCUUGCUUGUCAUGAACACACAUUUGUAGUGGGGAGGUGCCAGUUUGUCAUAGAACAUAUCAAGUAAGCUUCACUGGAAUUCUUGGCCUUUGUUGCCCAAAUUUUUAGACCUUAUAAAAUGGGUGGUAACCUAACAGCACUGUCUUCAAUCUGUCUAUGGCGGAAUCCUAACUUUAGUUUUAGUUCUUCAUAGCUGAAUACCUAAAUUCAUCAUUUUCUCUGCAGGAGACAGCUCACAGACCAAUAGGAGCGAACUGCUCAGGUGAACUAUUAGACUUUUAAAGGCAAAAGAUCAAAGGUUUUGGGAAUAUAAUGAAUUUUAAGCACAUGUGAGGUGACCUUGAAAUGUUAUAAAUUCAGCUGUGAUAUCGUAGUGAAUUUGUCCAAUGUUACAUUUAUCAUGUUAUAUAUUGAUUUUAAGAGGUAACAAUUUAGACAUCAGUCAUUUCCUCCAUUCUUCCAACUAAGCACCAAAAAUGUUUUGAAUGCUGAAAGGUGGGUAUUAACACUAUUAUUGGCUUCAUGUAUUUACUGUGUUGUUGGCUUUAUUACCAAAAUCACUUAGGUUUUUAUCCAGGAAUAUAGAUGUAAUGGAAUAUUGACUUGGGAAAGGAAGGUACAAGUGGCAAGUUGAAUGUCAUUAAAUACAUGUUACUCUGUUGUAUGGAAGUAAAUGGCUGCCAAUAUUAAAAUUAAAUAAUUAAAUCAAAUUGAUGUAUUGAAAAUCAAUAAUUAAGGCCAGAAAAAUUACAAAUUAAAAUGAAGAUGCCAUUGACAGAUAGUUUUCAGUGUACUGCACCGCAUUUCACUUUAUAAUAAUAACUGAAUGAAUGAAAGUGGUUGACUGUGAAAUGAUGUCCUGUUCUUAGCUUGUGUCAAAUGAAGAUGAAAAUGCCCAUAUUGGUAAGAAUCUUGACGCCUCUUUAUUGAAAACAGUCUUGAGUCAACUGAAAAAGGCCCAAGUCCAAUUUAAUUAUACGUUUUGUUUUGACCGUAGUUGGGUAUUUUCCAUUAUAUGUGUGAAACUUGGAUUUUAACAUUUUUAUUGUGUCACACACCAUGGACAUGCAAAAGGAUAAAUACAUUUCAGUUUGUUUUCAGCCACAGACCUCCAUACACUAUUGUUGCUAUUUGCCUUAAACUGACCCACAUCCCACUUGUGUUUGUCUGUCUAUUUUUCAGCAGUCUUGUAAUCCAAGACUGUUCUGUUCUGCGGAUUGUAGGGUUUACAGGUUCGAAUUCCGGUUGAGAUUUCUCAGACCAGAAGUUCUCAAUCACAUUCUUCGUGAUCCAGUAGUUAACUGCUAUAGUGUUGGGUUGCCACAAAAACUUGCAGAAUCAUGGGCUAUGGGAUGGAGGAAAACUGCAUUAGACUAACUGUGAACAUAAGUUAUUCUCAAAAAUAUUGCAUAUGACUCCCCUGAAGGGCCACAUUAAGGGAUUUCAUGCCACUAGAGCUGAAAACUUAAGCAAAGGCAGUUUUCAUAGAAUGAGAAACUUUUUUAGAAGUCUUUAAAGUUCAACAAUAUAUUUUUUUCUCAAAGAUUAUCAUACAUUCAUAUGAUGACUAAAUCUGGAUGUGAGAUCUCUUGUGAUGGUUUUCACUGGCAGUUCUUUGUUAUUGAUUGUACAUAAGGUGAUCUCAAGUUGACCUUUGGCUUCAAUGCUGUUUUGACAAAAAUGUGAAUAUUAAUAAAGUCUGUUUUUCACUCUCA